AUGGCGAAGCCUCAGCCGGAGACUGUUUACAAAAACUACUCGCCUGAUACAUCCAGCAGCGAAGAUGUAUCGGGCUCAGGUCCUCACAUCGACGAGUCGCAUAUCUUGCAAGAGCGCAAGAUUGGCGUCUUGGGGGCUAUUUCAUUGAUUGUGAAUAAAAUCGUCGGAGCUGGAAUCUUUUCUACCCCUUCCUCCAUCUUCAAGCUGAGCGGCAGUCCAGGGAUGGCCCUGAUCCUCUGGGUCAUUGCCGGUAUCAUUUCCACCUGUGGUGCAAUGGUGAUGCUGGAAUUCGGGUCCAGUAUCACUCGAUCUGGGGGCAUGAAAGUCUAUCUCGAACGGUCUUGGUCGCCCAAGUUGUUGAUGACUUGUGUGUAUCUGUUUUAUUGUGUCUUUUUGCAGGUAUCGGCAAGCAACGCCAUUACUUGCUCGUCGUAUCUUCUCCAAGCCGCCGGCGUGGACUCCACAACGUGGAAAUUGCGCGGGCUAGCCAUUGCCGCAACAGCAUUUGCCGUCGGCGUGCACACCGUGACGCCGCGUAUUGGACGAGGAUUGCAAGAUAUGCUGAGCGCCGUCAAGAUGUUUAUUUUGUUCUUCAUUGUCUGUACAGGGUUCGCUGCAUUGGGGGGUCAUCUUCGAGUCCCUGAUCCCCAUAACCUGGCUAUCUCGACCUCCUUCAAAGGGACAUCCAACAGCGGAUACAACAUCGGCACGGCUUUGUUGGAUGCGAUCUUUUCCUACCAAGGAUACGACAAUUUGAACAUGGUUCUGUCCGAAGUCGAGAAUCCCAAGAAAGCUCUUCGCAUCGCACUGCCUACGGCAAUGGGUAGCAUCACGGUUCUCUAUGUUCUGGCCAAUGUCGCCUAUUUUGCCGGAGUCUCGAGGGAGGAUUUUAAGAAGUCCGAUCUUACCAUUGCCGCGUCUCUCUUCCAAAAUGUCUUUGGGGAGUCUGCAGCCGCCAAAGUCCUUCCCGCGCUGGUUGCCAUCUCGGCCAUCGGCCACCUGCUGGGGAUCGCAUUUACCGUCCCACGAGUGAUCCAAGAGUUGGCCAAAGACGGCGUGAUGCCUUUCCCCAACAUCGUCAUGCAAAACCGUCCCUUCAGAACCCCCAUCUGGGCACUGGCAAUCCAUCUCUGUGUGACGACUCUGUUUAUUUGCGCGCCACCAGCGGGCGACGCGUUCGAUUUCAUCGUCAGUCUUGCUUCCUAUCCGACGGUGCUCCUACUUAGUCUCAUCACGGUGGGAUUGAUCAAACUACGUCUGUCCAAGCAUGAGAAUUUCGAGUCCUCGUUUACGGUUCCCUGGGUUGUUCUGGGUUUUUACCUUGCAGGAAAUAUUUUUCUCCUCGUUAUGCCCUUUGUCCCACCACCGAAUGGCAAGGGCAGUACCAGUUUGCCUUACUGGCUGUCGCCGGUGGUGGCAUUGGCCAUUUUGUCCCUCGGGGCUAUUUACUACGUUGCCCGAUUCGUCUUGCUGCCGUGGAUAUUUGGAUAUCGGCUUGAGCUCUCUGCUGUCGAGCUGAGCGAUGGAUCUCAGGUGUCUCGGUAUAAGAUGAUACGGACAAGAGUGUGA